AUGUUUGAUCCAAGUUCGUCUUCCUCUUCAUCAUCAGCUGCUAACAGUCACCAACUUCCUCGAUUUUUCAAGCCAAUGCUACCGGCAGGAAUUCAAUCAAGAUUAGUGGAGGGAGAUUUGAUUAAGGUGACUGUUUUGGGGGCCGAAGGUUUUUCCAGUAAGAAAUCACUAAAUCCCUAUUGUUCCCUUCGAUGUAAUAUGUUCCCUCGGAAUACUUUAGUAAAGUAUUGGAAUGAAGAUCGGAUCUCUGUGAGUGUGCAUACUAAGGUGAUUAAGGAGAGUGUAACUGAUCCGAAAUGGAAUGAAACGUUUGAAUUUUUCAUUGAUGAGGAACAGGUGCUAACGGAAGUGAAUUUGAAUAUAAAGAUUGAAGUAUUGAGUAAGAAUACAGUUUUAUUGGAUGACUCAUUUGGGAAUACAAGUAUUGAUAUUGAUCCUGAAAAGUAUACAGUUGGUAAAGAUCAUAAAGUUCAGUUAUAUCUUUCCAAGGAGGGAUCCAUUAACUUGAUGGUAAGAAUUGAUAGAAAUCCUCAUUAUGCUCCAAAAGGAACUUGUUUCCAUGUACCAACAGAAAAUCAAUUGUAA